AUGCCUGAUUUGCAAUCCCAAAACCACGACGGAACUCAGGAAGAAACCAGAAUAUACGAAGACGUGUUGGUCAAUCCCGACGGCAGCUUUUUCCUGUUCUCGGACAGGCCGCCAGAGGACGUAUUCAAUUUCGGCCUACCAAUCGGACCCCGCGAAUCCUUUAUGCAGGUCCAAGAGGUCCGUCUCACCGCGCCGUCGGAACGGUCCAUCACCCAAGACAGAGAAGACGGCCUUUGCAUCUACUGCCAACUGCUCUUGCUCCCGGACGCACCCGAGUAUACCACGCACCAGCCGUGCAUGGGGUUGCUGAUCCGGAACUGGGACCGCUGUGUGCUCUGUAGGUUGAUUAACGUUAGCAUCGGACGUGCAAAUCCGGCUUGGAAAGCACAAUAUGAGGCUGGGCUGGCAGAUCUGUCGAGUCCGGAUACGCGUAUCUGGGCCCAGAACAAGAAGUUUGACAAGUAUUCCCUUAUAGUGGCGACUCUGGGUGGCCACUCGUCCAAGGAGGUUCGAGGGACGCCAAUUGUGUGGACUACGAGUAACAAACUAGGAACUUUGAGCCGUCGCCUGAUAUGGGAGGCCUACUACUCCUCUGAGCAGCACGAAGCAAGUGCGCGGCUCAACGUAAUCAAAGACUGGCUGCGCGAAUGCCAAUCCAAACACACCACUUGCAAUCAACUGGCAAGUCAAGGUAGCCGACCACUCCCCACCCGCGUGCUCAGGAUCACCCCGCAGAACGCAACUAUACCCUUCACCAUCCAGCUGCACGAGCCGGACGGCGAGAGUGCACCAUACAUCGCCCUAAGCCACUGUUGGGGAAAGUCAGGCCCUCUGAGGACGAUAAAGUCGAAUAUCGAACAGCACAAACAAGCAAUCGUGUUUGAAGCUCUGCCAUUGUCUUAUAGAGACGUCGUGGUAAAGGCGUGGUACCUCGGCUUCCAAUAUCUCUGGAUAGACUCCCUCUGCAUCAUACAGGAUGACAACGACGACUGGGAAGCCGAGGCGGCGCGGAUGGCCGCCGUCUACUCCAACGCGACACUCACCUUUGCGGCCACCGAGGCCGCAGACCCGUCCGAGGGUUGCUGUCCCCGCUACAGCAGAGCCUUUCCGAUACCUCUAGAAGGCGACGACAAAGCCCUCGUCCGUUUCCAGGACAACCUAAACCUAAACGGCGGAGACGCCGCGCUCAACACCCGAGGCUGGGCCUUCCAGGAAGCCGCCCUAUCCAGGCGCAUGGUCUGUUUUGACAACGACCAGCUGCUGUGGAAGUGCACCAGCAGGCACGAGUCCGAGGACGGCCUGCGGGUCGUCUCCGAGGCCACCCCAAACACGGGCGACUGGAAUGUCUGGGCCUGUCUUGCGCAACUGGGCAGCGGCAAACCGAGUUACGUUUUUUGGUACAAGAUGAUGGAAGACUACUCCGGCCGGAAGUUCACUUUCGAGAAGGACAAGCUCCCGGCGCUGGCGGGUAUUGUGGAGGUCUUCGAGGACCACGUCGACGACGCGCCACUCGUGGGUCUCUGGCACGGAGACAUUCUGGACGGGCUCCUCUGGCGUGCCCACGAGCCUGGAGAGCGAGUCUCUUUCUCGGGCGUGGUGCCUUCUUGGUCGUGGACCUCGGUUAGCGGCCGGGUCUCCUGGGGAGGCUCAUUGAUUAGUAUCCUGCCAGAGGGCCAGUUGAAAGUCAUCUCGGUGGGGGUUGACUGGGCUGGGCGCCCGAUGACUUCUCCGAUCUCAGGGGCGGCCCUAGAGGUCCAUGGGCGCCUAAAGAAGGCAAAGGUCGUCAGGAGCGCCAACCUCGUGUACCUGCACGAGAUCGACGAGUCCUCCUCUGAGUCUUCGGAGCUGCGAACAUCUGAAAAUGGACAAGAGGAAACACUCUCUAGACCAGAGAUUCUGGGAUAUUGUCACUUGGAUGUGGUCAAUCCCGUGGGUCCCCACAUUUGGUGUCUCGAGGUGUAUCAGGGCCUCCAACGACCAGGGCCGGAGUGUCCACGGAAUCUCGCUCACCGAGUGCUUCUUCUGGAACCUGUGAAUGAAGUCAAGAGUGAAUUCAGCCGAGUGGGAGACGACGGGGUUAUGGGCAGUGCGGUAAAGGAGACAUUUCUGGGGGUCCCCCGACGCACGGUUACAAUUUUAUAA